AUGGGAGCAACUGAUUGGCUGGAAGAAUCUCUGCCGGACCAGCCAAACCGGCGUGUGGAGUAUACCGUACGCUUUUCACAGACUCUGGCGGAGCAGGGAGCUAUUGAUGCGUUCGAUAUCAGCAGUGGAGGUAACCACACCGCUCAACACAUUCAUGUCAAGGCAGCUUUCCAAGCGCCAUUUGCUGUUGUGGUGAAGAAGGCUGUGGGAGACAAGUUGCAAGUCGGCAACGCAGGCAUGAUUGACUCGGACUCCCCGGCCAACUCUCUUUUGGAGAACGAGGGUCUGGACUUUGUGCUUGUUGGCCGUGGCUUCCAGAAUAAUCCUUCCCUAGUCUGGGCGUAG